UCUCAUCAGAUAAUUCUUCACGAUGCUGGUAGCCAAGCUUUGUUAUUGUGUGCUCCACAGCCUUGGAGCUGCACGGUACUUCAUGCAGCUGCGGACGACACGCACGCCAUCUCGACCAAGUUUGCCAUUACAGUAAAAAAAGAAAAGAAGAGAGACGGACAUAAAACGAUACAUUCUUAUUUGUUUAAGGAGAAGCAGGAAGUGAAAUAGAAGAUAACAGUUGUGAGUCUCCCUCGGAGUGACGAUGGCAGAGAGCUCGAACUGUUUCUACUGUCGGGAGGACCUCGGGGGGAAGAGGUUCGUCCGCAACGAGGGCCGGCCGGUGUGCGUCCGCUGCCACACCAAGUUCUGCGCCAACUCCUGCGCCGAGUGCCAUCGACCCAUCCCUGUGGAGUCAAAGGAACUCAGCCAUAAGGGCCGGUACUGGCAUGAGGAGUGUUUCCGUUGCACAAAGUGUUACAAGCCUCUGGCCAAGGAGCCCUUCAGCACUAAAGAUGACCGCAUCAUGUGCGGGAAGUGCUGCUCCAGAGAGGAUGCUCCACGCUGCCAUGGCUGCUACAAAGCCAUACUGGCUGGUACGGAGAGUGUGGAGUACAAAGGGAACUCGUGGCACGAUGAAUGUUUCACCUGUUUCAACUGUAAACGACCAAUAGGAUCGCUGAGUUUCCUCUCCAAAGGAAGUGACGUUUACUGCAGCCCCUGCCAUGACAAGAAGUUCGCCAAACACUGCGUCUGCUGCAAAAAGGCCAUCACCUCUGGAGGAGUGAACUACCAGGACCAGCCGUGGCACAGCCACUGUUUUGUGUGCAGCUCCUGCUCAAAGCCCCUGGCAGGGACGAGCUUCACCAACCACCAGGACCAGGUCUUCUGUGUGGACUGCUACAAGAGCUCCGUGGCAAAGAAAUGCAGUGGCUGCCAAAACCCCAUCACAGGUUUUGGUAAAGGAGUGAACGUGGUGAACUAUGAGGGCAGCUCCUGGCACGAAUACUGCUUCAACUGUAAGAGAUGCUCCCUCAGUCUGUCCAACAAGCGUUUCGUAGCCAACGGGAAAGACAUCCUCUGCGCCGACUGUAGCAACAAGUAGAGAUGGAGAUGCUUGGUCUUUGUCUUAACAGUUAUAUAUAUUCAUCAUGGGGUUUUUCUUUAUUUUUACAUAAAGGUCAGAGUCUGUCAUUUCAAUAUUCUGUUUAUUAUUAAAAGUGAGUUUUUGGCGAAUUACACAGGAAGUGAUGGAAACGUUGGGACAGAAAUGUGAUUUGUGUCCCAACGUUGAAACAUACAAACAUACGCUGCGAUGAGUGAUGGUCGAGAUCACUUUGUGCUAAAAGCCCUCAAACAAUAAAUAGUAUGUAUCCAAGUCAUAACACAUCAAAUAUCAUAAGAUACAAAAAUAAAUAAAAACAAUGUAUAAACAAAGUUUAGUUAUUUCUCAAAAGUAUUCGGAACAAACACAAUCAGCCACCUGCAGCAUUAAUACAUGAGGCUUUAUGCGACAGGUCAUAAGAAACUUUCUUUAACACCGUGUAUGCUAACGUGUUAGCAUAAAGCUAAAGGGUACCGUGCAUUUUCUCAUCUUCUUUAAGCGCAACAAUAACUGCUUAUGUUAAUGAUUUUUUAAAGUCUACUUGUUUUUUCUAUUUUUAAAAUGUGAUAUUUUCCUAUGAUUUCUUUUUUUUUUAAUAAUCAAAAUGAUAUAUAUAUUUGUAAUUGCUCAUUUCCAAGGGAUUGCUAUGCUUAUUGUAUGUUUUUGAGUAAAUAAACUUUUAUGCACUUUUCUUAACCUCCCUUCAAGAAAGAGGAAAUUUAAAUAUGAAAUUGGAAUAUAUUCAAAGUGUGUGCCUUGAUGCGUCGCUAACGUGAAAUAAACU